UUAGUUGGUGUAUGAGAUUUACGAGUUUAGAGUGAGCACCUGAAGGCACCAUCAUUUCAGCCUGUAAAUCAACAGUAAAGUUCAAUCAAGUUCAACAGAGAAGACUUCCUUCAGUCUCCUCCUGGAAACCACCAAUUAACCUGCAGGUUCCGUCCUCCACAUUUCUGGGCCCAGUCUGUGACCUCUGACCUCUACCAUGACGUCCACGUCCGUCACCACUGUCGGAGGAAUGGUGAUCGUCACUCAGGUCAUUCCUAAAGAGGACUCCAGCAUCCCGCUCCAGACUACUUCUGCUGACACCCGCCAGGCUCCGCCUCCAGCCUCACAGGCCCCGCCCACCGCCCCCGCCUCCAAGAUGGACAACAUGACCGCCAUGUUCCUGCGGGGGCAGCCACACGGUCUCGGGGUUGUUCAGAUCUUCAUUGGCUUGCUGUGCAUUCUCUUCAGUUUGACCGCCGCCUACUCACAGAUCCUGAUGGUCCACGCUCCGUUCUGCGUCGCUGUCACCUUCGUGGUGUCCGGCUCUCUGGCCGUGGCGGCAGCGAGGCGGACCUCAGUCUCACUGGUCUGGGCGACUCUGGUGUGGAACCUGAUCAGCCUCCAGCUGGGCCUGGGGAUCGUGGCCUAUACCUGCUGGCUGCUGGCUUAUCGCAGCGCUUCUCAACGCUUCUGUGACACCGUAAUCUCCGCGGGGUUUGUGCCCACGGAUCAACAGAAGUUUGAAUGCUGGAAUAAGAUGGACAUAUUAGAUGUGGGUGUUUACGGACUUCUCGGUCUCCUCCUGGUUCUGCUUGUCCUGCACGUUUGUGUCGCCGUCACCGUCUGUGUUUUCUGCGGCAGAGCCCUCAGACUCCACAACCGCUACGUCCCCAUCAUGGUGGAGGUCUAUGAUGGCAGCGCUCUGAUGUCCGGUGCAGCAUCGGGGUUCGGCAGCGACGUCGUCCUGUUGGGCAGCGAAGAAGAGGAAACAUCGCCUCCAUACUCACCGUGAGAGGGGAGGACCAAACCUCUGAGUUCCACUAAUAAUACUACAAUAAUAAGUACUAUCAAACUGUCAUUAUAAUCUGUAAUCAUCUUUCCAACUGUUGCUCUCUUUCUCUGCUCUUCAUCAGUUGUUUUUUGUUGUCGUCAUGUUACGCUGCAUUCUGGGUCAUUCAGGGGUUAAUCUGCUAAAGUUGUGAUUGUGUUAAAAUGUGUAGCAGAUGAUACAGACACUACUUUUGUGUUUGUUUCAAAAAUUUUAACCUGGCCAUUAGCAGAGAGAGUAACAUAUCAGGACAAACAGGAAUCAGAUUGUAAAGAUAAAUAACUAAAACUUUAUACAUGUUAUUUUAAUGCCAAAUUCUGCAAAAGACACUAAAAGUAAAGACUGACUUGUUGAAAGCUUUUCGCAGGUUAUCUAAUUUUUGUCUCAAGCAAAGCAAAACUAAACGGACACAUUUUUUAAGGGACUUUGGUUUUAUUUUAAUGCCGAAUUCAGCAGAAGACACUAAAAGUAAAGACUGACUUGUUGAAAGCUUUUCACAGGUUAUCUAAUGUUUGUCCCAAACAAUGCAAAACUAAACGGACACAUUUUUUAAGGGAGUUUUGGUGAUUUUGUGCCAGUAUCAUAAAGGAGCAUUAGGGCAUGUAGUUACCUAUCAUGAAUGUAUUUUAGUUGAAUUAGUCGCUUUAUUAUACUGUGAGUUGAUUCUUGAUGUUUAGAUACUUUAAAACACACCUGAUAGCCACAAUUUGUCUCAAACAUUGCACUCCCUCUCAGUCAGUCAAGACACAAAGACCUGUAACAUAUUUUUAGAUGUAUCAAUUAUGUUUACUUUGACAUUUCAUCUGAAAGGUACCAAAAAUCUCAGACUGUGUGCACUUUACUAGAAACCACACUACAACAUUUUCUUAACGACAAUCCCAACAAACUGAAUAAAAAAAGGUGUUGAUAGUUUAAUGGGGCUGGUUAAAAUAAGUAUAUAUUCCCCCAAAAUAGAGCCAUUGAAUGUUUGCACCGAGAGGCUCCUGUGUUUUUAUUUGUCUCUGAAAGCUUUUCUGUCUGAUUUUACUCCUAUUCAAUAAAUUGAAGAUUUUUUUUCCA